CGCUUGUGGUUCACAAGUUAGGUAGGUAUCACAACCACACAAACAAACCAGCCCGCCCGUUGAGAGCCUACUGCGUACGACGGCAACCUGGUACUGCAACAUGUCCGGUUUCAAGCGCGACUGGAACGGGAAUGCGAAGAAGCGGGAUGGCCCCCGGCCUCCGCCGAAGCAGGCCGUGAGAAACGCGUACACGCCCAUGUUCGAGAACCUCCGCAACGAGCUGGAUGAGCACUACGACCGCCGGGAGCGCAUCGUCAAGGCGUCGCGGGAUAUCACGGCGCUCAGCAAGAAGAUCAUCUUCUCACUGCAACGAGUGCGGAAGAUCGAGAACCAGCUCCCCGCCAACAUCCAGGCGGAGGUCGAUGCGCGGCUGGCCGAGAUAGCCAAGCUCCUCGCCGCCCUCGCGCCGGAAGUCCAGGGCAUCAACCGGUACCGGUACGCCCGGUCGCUCCUGUGCCUCGAGGAGCUCGUCGAGGCGCUCACCUUUGCCCACUACCUCCGGACCCAGACGCUCGUCAGCCUUGCGGAGCUCUCGCCCGUUAUCGAGGACCUCUCGCGGAAAGGAGCGGCGCCCGAGGACGAGGUCAUGGCUGACGCCGGCGUCGACACGGCGGGGAACGCCGAGAAGCCGGCCGAGACGCCCACCGUCUCCCUCACGCAGGACGACUACCUCUACGGCGUCUUCGAUCUCACGGGCGAGAUGAUGCGCUUCGCGACCACGUCCACGGCGCUGACGGGCACCAUGGCUUCCUCCGGCGCUGGCGGGCAGGCGGGCGGGGGCGGCGCCGCCGCCGCCGACGACGACGACGACGAGCAGCCGCGCACUAUCGUCCAGGACAUGCACGAGCUCGGGACCCUGUUUGAGAUGCUGCCCGUGGCCGCCGGGAACCGGUUUGCGUGGGGCAAAAAGCUCGAGGUCGCGCGGCAGUCGGUGCAGAAGGUCGAGCGGCUCGGCUACGACCGCAUCAUUCGCGGCAGUGAGCGGCCCAAGGGCUGGGUCCCGGACUUGAGCGCGGCAGACCAGGGCCCAGGAGACGAGCUGGAGUGACCCACGUUUUCUCAAGUCUGUUGAUUGGUGAGUUGUGGAUUGUUUUUUUGACGUGACAUGACUACCUAUUUGCCGGUGGGCAGUUACGGAGAGUGUAUGCGCUUGGCAGUUGCUCUGUUUUGGUCAGGGUCAUGCUGGGAUGGCAUAGUCAACUUGUCAAUCGCCCGGCGCCUGCGGAGCCUCCAGGAGAGGAGAGAGAGAGGGGGGAUCGCCCUCAGGACGAUUGUAUUGCAGGUAACAUGAAGGAGGGUCUAACACAGUAACUGUCUGUUGCACCUGCAUUCAACGAGGAAUCCUCCAGUGCUCUCUCCAGCGAAUUGCCAGUCGAAUUGCCAGUGUUCGAGAUUGCCAAAUCAACCUGGCAUACCGGAGUUACACUCAUUUCGGCGCGCUACCUGCUUCGUUAGGUAGGUAGGUGGGGCCUUGAGACCGCAAUGCAAUUUGUGCCUUAGGCACAAUCACGGUGCGGGGCAAUUGUGCACUCG